UUGCGGCAUAGCGCCAUUUUGGAAUGAAUCAUUGUGACCGGUGACCAAAUUUGUGACUGACUAAUCAGGAAUAUAAACACAGUUUGGAUCGUCGUGUGUAAGGAGACCAGAAACUAUGGGUUUGCUGACGAUUCUGAAGAAGAUGAAGCAGAAGGAGAAGGAAGUUCGACUGCUGAUGCUAGGUCUCGAUAAUGCAGGAAAAACAACAAUUUUGAAGAAGUUUAAUGGAGAGGACAUCAACACCAUUUCACCAACAUUAGGAUUCAACAUCAAAACCCUAGAGCACAGAGGGUUCAAGUUGAAUGUGUGGGAUGUGGGAGGUCAGAAGUCGCUGCGGUCCUACUGGAGGAACUACUAUGAGAGCACAGAUGGGCUGAUCUGGGUGGUGGACAGUGCAGACAAACGCAGACUGGAUGACUGCAAAAAAGAGAUGCAGGCUCUGUUGUUAGAAGAGAGACUUGCUGGUGCCACCCUUCUUGUGUUUGCAAACAAGCAGGACCUACCAGGUGCCCUACCCGCCCAGCAGAUCAGAGAGGUGCUGGAGUUGGAUGGCAUCACCACACACCACUGGCUGAUCCAGGGCUGCAGUGCUGUGACUGGGGAGAAUCUCCUACAGGGCAUGGACUGGAUCAUUGAUGACAUCUCCUCCAGGAUAUUUACCAUGGACUGAUUUAACACAAGGAUAUCUAUUAUACUCAGUACUCUAAACAAGAUGUAAUUUUACUCAGAUUUAAUUGUGAGGUGGGUCUGCUGAAAUUCAGGGAUUAAAAAAAUCUAAAUGGUCUUUCUCAUUUACUGCAUAGUGCAGGAAGUAAUAUACUUAUAGAAGAGAGUGGAAUGUCUCAUUAUUGUCAUUGCUCGGUUGUCUUGAAGCAUGUGAUUUGUAGAUUUAUGUGAAGAUUGCAUGCAAGUUGCAUCAUAUCUUUCCCAAUGUGUGACCUUUUCACUGAUGACUGCAAGAAAUUAAUGUAAUUACCAAAAAUGAAUGUGAGAAAAAUGAAUACAAUGUAUGUUAGAGUAAUAAGAAAAUUAGCUUUCUUGUUUGUUUGUUAAUUUUAUCUCCAUUUUUAUCACUUUUUUUGUGACCACAGAUGCAGAUUUUAUCAGUGUGCAAGAAUGGUCUUCUAAAUGAAUAUUAAAAGUAGAAUAAUUUUUCAUCUUGGGGAAGUAUCCACUACGUUUUUCAGGA